CUUAUCCGUCCCAACUCCAAGUAUCGACCGAUCGAUCCUCUUUCCUCUCUGGUUGAUGGAAAAAUUGAAUGGAAGAGAGCUUUCCCAAAGUAGCGGCUUUCUUUAAAUACCUUCACGGUACCGUGGGAAAAUCCGAGGUCACAAAACCUCGGUACCUAUAGAAAAGGAAUCACAAAACCACUGCUUAUAGAAUCGCUUCGAAUUUACUGUAAUUUCUCAAGUGAAAUUGUUGUUAUUGAAUCAGCAUUAUUUCCGUAGCUCUUGAGCUUCCCAAUUCGGUUUAAGGUUCUUGCGAAGAACGACUAUGACGAUCGGGCUGAAACAGGUGAGAUUAAAAGUGUGUACUUGGCUCCGCAAGAAGAUUGUCGACCCUCUUCUCCAAAUCCUCAGUAGGGGAGCCGAACCGAAGCAAUUAGCAUUCUCUGGUGCACUUGGCAUUACGUUAGGAAUCUUCCCCAUUUGCGGUGUUACUAUAUUUCUGUGUGGAUUGGCUAUUGCAUUGCUUGGAUCUUUAUGUCAUGCUCCAACAGUAAUGCUUGCUAACUUUAUUGCCACCCCAAUCGAAUUGAGUUUGAUAAUCCCAUUCCUGCGAUUUGGAGAAUCAAUUACUGGUGGUUCUCAUUUUUCUUUGACAUCUGAUGCACUAAAGAAGGUUUUCACUGGUGAAGCUUCACAUGAACUCUUGCUAAGUAUUUUACGUGCGCUGCUGGGAUGGAUUGUGGCUGCACCAUUCAUUCUGGCAGGCCUAUAUAUACUCUUCUUGCCAUGCUUUGCAAUCUUGGUCAGUAAGUUCAGUGGCACAGUUCUUCCAUCUUCCCCCAAGAUCCCAUUAAUUCAACCCCAUGCUGAACUGAAGGUCAAGGAUUUGAUUCCGGUGACAUUGGAGACCUAGAGAAGAAUUGAAAACAUAUGAUGGUCGUUGAUGUCAACAAUUCAAUGGCCAUGAGCCCAUGACGCUCUCUAAGCUGUUCACCUGUUCAAACAAUCCACGACAAAUUUCAAUUGUGUAGCUUACCGAGUUACCGCUGCAAAACAUGUGUAUAAUUGGGGUUGCAAAAUCCCUGCCAUUACAAAUCAUAAUCAAGUUAAACUAAUUAUAACAGCUACUAAUAAUGGUUGCACUCCUAGAGCUCAUUUGUUAAUAUUGAAAUUGGGUGAAUUGGUUGAAAAAUUUAUGAAGUUCUAGCUGAAGUGACUCAA